ACCAGACGGAUUCCCCCACUCAGAAUCCAAUCCAACAAACGUACUACACCAAACAACAAAACCCUCAAUUCCACCCCGCAAGGCAGCGCAGGCGUCAAGGCUGAUUCAGGUCUGGGUGUGAUCUUUCUCCCUCUUUCUCUGAAGAGAUGGGGGGCGCGGCGUCGAGGCUCGCCGCCCCGAUAAAGCACCGGCGGGUGGAGAGGGAGCUGGACAACAAGGUGGCGGAGGCGCUGCGGGAGCGGGCCAAGGCGAGGAAGAAGACGUUCCGGUCGGUGAACAGCAUCACCAUGCGCCUCCCUCGCUUCAAGGACGGCCUCAAGGACAUCCGGGACGUCUUCGCCCUCUACGACACGGACUCCAACGGGACGAUCGACAACGAGGAGCUGCGGAGCUGCCUGAGCAAGCUCGAGGUGCGGAUGUCGGAGAAGGAAGCCGACGACGUGCACCGCUACUGCGACGUCGACAGCCGCAAGGGGAUCCAGUUCCAGGAGUUCGUCGUCCUCAUCUGCCUCAUGUACCUGCUCUUCGGCCCAAACGUCACGCGCCGGGUUUCCGAGUUCGAGUCGGACAAGCUCAACUACAUCUUCGACGAGCUCAUCGACGCUUUCCUCUUCUUCAACAGGGACGGCGACGGCAAGGUGACCAGGAAAGACGUCACCCAGAGGAUGAACGAGGAGUCUGACCGGGAGAGGACGCCCACCCACAUCACCACACAGCUCUUCAAGGAGAUGGACCUGAACAAGAACGGCAAGGUGAACCUCAAGGAGUUCCUCUUCUCCAUGAUCAGAUGGGCAGGGCUCGAGCCCGAGGAAGGAGAUGAAAGCAACGACACUUCUCUGUAGUGUAGUUUAGGCUUCUUCCCCUCAUCAGUUUGUCAAAAAUAUAAGCAAUCACCAUUUGCAAGUUAAUCCUUCAUGUUUUAUGACAAAGCACCGUCUGUUAUGGUGUCAUUAGUUACCCUCAGAUGUUCAGGGCAGAUGGAACUUCAUGUAUACACAGCAGACAGCAUAGUGGCCAAGAGACUGCAUCCCGAAAGUUUGUAUAGUAUGUAAUAAUGACCAUUAAUUUUAUGGAACAAUACAAAUUUGCAUCAUCAA